AUGUAGAAUCUACAUGUAUAUGCUGUUGUGCUGAAUAGAAAUAAAAACCAUUUGACCAAUCUUAGACUGAAUCUAAGAAUCUUGAUAAAACUCGACACAAAUUAAAAUCCUUGGAUACUAACUUAGGCCGUGCCGUAGUGUAUGCGAAAUUACUGUGUAUGCUAUGUAUUGUAGAUCUAAUUGUAGCCCUAAAACUAACUUAAGACCCUCAACAAAAAAAAAGUUGACCAACUCUAUGAAAGCAUUAUAACUUCAUCGAUCUAGGCUAUGUUUACCAUGGUUACAUGAAAAGAUUGAAAGGAUCUAGCUCUAAUUUUAAGAACUACACUUUGCGCAGAUAGUCUUUUACUUUGACACAUGAAAAUACAAAAUUAUAUAUAUAUAUAUAUAUUUUAUAUAGUCUAUAAAGAUUGAUUUCAUUAUUUAAUAAAAUUAAGUCUCAAAAUUUGUGUUUCAAAAGCAUUUUUACAUAAAUUCCUUCCUUAUAUCUGCGAAUUUAGAAGUCCUGACGUACAUUCUUUCAUUUGACAUUAAGCCUACUCAAAAGGUUACACAGUUCUCUAUUCCUAGGUCUAAAACUCUAUAAUACAACUCUUAAAAUGAUAGAACUUCUCUUCGCUAACAUAGUUUUAUACUUUAACACAUAUGAACAUUAUAUAAUUAUAGUCCAUUCAUUCAUAUUUUAAUCAAAUUAACAUUCAAAUUUGUUUUUCUAAAGCAUGUUUACAUGAGUGCAACUCUAUUCUUAAUAUCGCGUGAAUUCAGGUCAAUUAGCUAUUUUUAGCUCCAUAUGGUACUAUACAUAAUAUUUUUUUAGUCAUGCAUUUGCUUUACUUAAAUAACAUUAUUAUUUUCUUUAAUUGUUUCUACUGCACUAUAUCAGUCACUACAUCAGCAAUACACAAGUUAAGACCCGCGGGCAGCGGGUAAUAUCUGUCUUAGUUAUUCUAUAAAAUUAAGUAUAUUCUAUAUAUGAUUAUUAGAUCUAUAUUAUAUAUAGAUCUGCUGUCAAAUUACAGCCAGUAAGCAUCGACCUGUUCUUAGACUUGUUUAUUUUCAAACAAAAGAAAAAUUAUGCUUGUUCACAGAGAUGUAUGCAGACCCAAAUAAUUUAAAAAGUUAAGCAUCAGGGGUUUUUUUUAAGUGUGGAAAUACAGCUUCUGGUACCCAUAAAACUCCAGCGGAAGAACUAACUGGAACUUUUCUUUCAGGUCAUAAUUUGCUUGGAGGUAUUUCCUCUGGAGUUGAAUCAGCUGCUGUACUAGAUCGUGAACAGAGGGUAUUGAAAACUGGUUUCAAGUUCUUGACUUCUUAAAAUUUGCUUUCAAAUUUCACAAGUUUUCUACUUUUCUGCCAUUUUACGAUAAAUAGUUUCACCUUUCACUUUCAGCAAAGGAAAGUGAUUAAAAAAAUUUUUGCUUGCUUGUCUGAGAAAACUGUGGUACCGAACAUCGGAAUGAUAUGUUUUCACAUCUUCAAGUACUUCUCGGAACUGCCUAUGUAUGGUUAAGACCUCUAGCUCUGAUAAGUUUGAUCACUGUGAUAAUUGGGUCAAUAAACAUAUUUGUUAUUCAAUGCAGCUUUGUGCAUACUUUCCCGUGUAGAGUGUACAGUUGGGAUAUUGUUCUUCAAUUUAUUAAAAAAAACAAAAACUGUUUUACUCAGUCAAGCACGGGCUCCAUCAGUUGUUACACUUGCCAUCUUGUUCCAAGCCAACAUACAUAACGCUUUCUACACAGUAGAAUACUGGCCUGAGUUUGUGUCUUUGACUGAAUGUUUCAAAAUAUUGUCAAUAAGCAUAAUCUUCAUUUGCUUUAGACUUUUUAGAAUGCCAAUUAAAGACAAUGUUUCUUUAGCCUCUUCAUCAUAAGUCAUGAGAAGAUAAUUAAAAUUAUUUAAUUUAAAUAUAUUAGUAUUUUUUAUAUAUUUAAUCUUAUGGCAUACCUAAUUUCUGUAGGUAUCAGCAGGCUGCAUGUGGCCCACGGGACGUAAUUUGCCCAACCCUGAUUUAAAUGAUUGUUCAAUCUAAAUACUUGUAAUGAUAAUCAUCUUAUAGAUGAACUUAUAGAUCUAGAAUAGACAAUUAGAUUUAAUCUAUAUAUAUAAUUCUCUUCAUGGCUCAAGAGUUUGGACACGCAAGCAAGAAGUAAAGAAAAGAUCACUCUUUUAUUUCUGCAAGUCGGACGAACUAGUUACGCCAGGAAAAAUAAAAGAUGGGGUGGGGAGAACAAGUAGUAUUCACCCGUCACUAAAUAGCAGGGCCGGACCGUUGUGACCAAGAAAGAUAUCUCCUUUUUUUAUUUCUACCUCACAUAGUGGUGAAGAAAGGGGGGGGAGAACAAGUAAUCUAUUCUGUAUUCACCUGUCACUAUAAAGCAGGGCCGGACUCAACUAUUGUAGGGCUCUAUGCGAAACGGAUUUCCCGGGGCCAAGUUUGUUUAGGGAUACAGAUUAUACAUGAAAAUUAAGAGUUUAUAUUAGAAAAUACAUUCGUCUUUGCAUUUUAUUCAUCCUUUACUACGUACAGAAUUACUUUACGAUCCUUGCGUGACGCGAAGUCAUACAGUAUAUCAUAAAAAUUCUAUUUCCUGCAUAGAUCACGCUUAAUAGCAAGAAUUACCUAAUGUUUUAAUCUAUCUAUGAGAAUUGUUGAACUAAAGUAAUUCUUCAUUCCCUGCCUUGUAACUUGACGAACACUCUAAGUGUGCUAACAACACAUCAUAGUUAUUUGUAUUUAAAAAUGUUAUUAUCUUCAAUUUUCUUUUUUUCUAUCAUUUUCAUUUAAGGACUACACUAGAAAGCACUACACCUAGACAAGAUCUAGAUCUAUAAAUAUUUAUAUCUAGUAGAUCUCAGCAAUUAGUAAACUUAUAAGACGACCACGCUAGAGGAUCAAGUUCAAGAAAAUCAUGUCAGAACCACUUUUAGACAAAGUUAGUGUGUGUGUUAUUACGGGUCCUACAAGAGGUCUAGGUAGAAGUAUUGCUCAACAAUUCGCAAAUAAAUUACCCAAAGGUUCUUUGUUUAUACUUCUUUCAAGAAACCAGAUAUUGCUUGAUAGCAUUUCAGAAUUGAUCCUUUUGAAAGAUGGGAUCAGGACUGUCACUGGUAUAUUUGACCAAGGAAGCUGUGAUCAGAAUCUGUAUGACAACAUUCUAGAAGAUUGCUUAAAAAAUGCAGAAGCAGACGUAACAGAAUUUCAACAAGCCAUUCUUAUUAAUAACUCAGGAACUCUGGAGCCUCUAGAUUUUGUUAGAAAUCUUGAUGAUGUAUGUACCAUAUCAAACUUUUUCAAUACAAACUUGGCAGGAUGUGUUGCUCUAACAUCAAAGUUUAUGCAGCUGUUUAAUUCACCUUCAAUAAAAUCUAAAAUCAUUGUCAAUAUUUCAUCAUUAUCAGCAGUUCAGCCGAUGAAGAGUUGGGCGUUGUAUUGCAUGGCUAAAUCAGCUCGUGACAUGAUGAUCAAAGUCAUUUCAGAAGAGGAGGAAAACAUUAGAACAUUGAACUAUGCCCCUGGACCUCUUGUUACAGACAUGACUAACAUUGCUUGUCAAAAUACUAAAGAUAUGGAACUGAGAAACUGGUUUGAAGAACAAGUACGAAAGAAAUCUUUGGUAGAAUGUGAUUCAUCUGCUCUAAAACUUGUUUCCAUCCUACAGAAAAACACAUUUGAGAAUGGUGCUCAUAUAGAUUAUUAUGACGAAAUUUGAAUUCACUACCAGAAAUUUUAGGUCUAGAGAAUUAAUUUUAACUUUAUUUUAGAUUGAAUUGUUACAUUCCAAUUUGAGUAACUGCAUCAAUCAACUAAUUAAGAAAUAUUGUAUUGCAGCUGUUUACAGUGCUCUUGUUAUUUUUUUCCUUCUUAUAAUGUUUUUCGUGAUUUAACUUUAUUUCCAAAUAUUUAAAUAGUUUCAACUAUAUAAUUGUAUAUGCUAAAAAGGUACUAAUAGUACUAUCUCUACAGAAAGUUUCUCUACAGAAAAUAGUUUAUACAUUUAAGUCAGAAAUUUAAAAAAUAUAAUUUAAUCUAUUAAAAUUAAGUAAAAUAUAGACAAAUAAAAAAAUUAGUCUAUUUAAGGAAAUCAGUAUUAUGCUAAGUUUCUUUUUAACUCAAUAUUUUCUAUUUGUUAGCAUAAUGGAAUACUAAUAGUAUGACUCUUUUAUCUUUCACCAUUUUCCCUCACAAGCUCUCAGUGAGAUGAUGAACCUGUAUUUUUGUUUCAACUACCUCAACUGAGUCUAUUGCUAUUGUAAUUAGUCAUUCUAUGUUUGAUGAUUUACUAUUUAUGUUAUUUGGUGAUCAUUUAUGGGUUUUCCAUGAGAUAUGCUUACCCUGAUUUAGGGUACAAAAUUAAAUGCAAUUUGUUUACAGAAUCCACUCUUACUAAAUGAACUAGUCACAGAAAGCACUAUAAAAGAUUUAAAAAAUUGAUGACUAUUAUUAUAAUUUUCGUAUGUAGUAGUAACAUGUACAAGUUAAUUAUAACUUCAUGCAUAUGUUCUUUUUAUGGUUAUUUUAAAAUAAUGUUUUUAUGUGCUGUAAUUUUGACAUACUAUUUAUUUUUUUUUUCUUGGUUGUCCAUCCAAUUGUAAAAGUAAAUAGUGUAAUUUUGUUUCAAAAUGGAUCAAUGAAUCAAUAGUAGUUGAAUUAAGUUUCCAUACCUAAAAGGUUUUAUCUUCUAUUUCUCCUUGUUCUAGAAUCUAGUUUCUUUUAAUGUAGUUUAUUAUGCAUUUGCCUUAUUUAGUUUGUCUAAUAUGCCCUAAAUAAAUUGAUAGUUGAUAUGUAUGAAUAUUUGUUUGUUUGUUUGAUUUGUUUCCCUACAAAAAGAUAUGGCUACUACCUCAGUUUUGGCUCAUUGGUUAAUUCAGUAACAUUUGUCUUUAUACAUAUACAUUUAAAAGCUAAACUGUUGUUGUUCAAUAAAAAAAGUUUUAAAUACCAUACACUAUAUUUCAAAAUCUACAAAUCAAUCUAGCUACAAGCAAAACUAAUGUAAAAAUGAAGAAUUUUUAUUUAUUGAUUGAUUUAGUUAUAUCAUGCUGUAAUGUCAAUCUAUAAAAUUUUCUGUGUCCAAUCCUCUGUUCUAGAAAUUGAUUUUGUAUUUCACUUUUUUUUUUGGUAUCUCUUAACUUAGAUUUAAUUGUACUGUAAUAUUGUACAAAUAAGUUACUUAAAAAUGUAUAGUCCCCCCCCCCCUCCCCCCAACUCCUUUUUUUUUGUAUCCUAUGCAUGGCAUCUGAUUUAAAAAAAAUGAAUAGUUUUAAAUUGUACUAUCUACAUUAGUCAUUAUUCUAGUCAACAAAGCAAUAGUGGUGUAUUAUUGUAUUAGUUAUUAUAAUAAUAAAAAGAUAUCACUGAGUCUGAAGAUAAGAAAGCUUGCAUUAUGUAACAUGGUUAUAUAGGUCGAGCUGUGAACUAUAUAGUUUGUUGUAUUGGCUGUAAUAUUGUAAUACUUAGUUUUUUAUCUCUAUAUGUUUAAGAUUGAACUGGCAUUGUUUAAUGAGAUACAUUAAUAUUAAUUGUUUAUUUUCUAUUAGAUACAGAAAUAGUAUAAUACCUUGAAGUCAUUGUAACUGAAUGGUUUGUCUAGUUGCAUUAAUUGGUCUCUAAUUGCAAUAUUGAUGGAGCAAUUUUGGUUAUUUUUCAGUGAGCCGCUAAAAUCUUGUACAUUUAAUUUUGGGAAAGUAUUUAAACCUGCUUACAUUUUGAUGUCUAGAAUGCUUUCAUUAUAUGUUUAUUGUAAUAAUUUAAUACUUUCUCCUUAUGCUUGGUGAUAGAUUUAUAUUCAUGAAAAGAUUUAUUAAAUUUUUGUGAAGAAAA